AUGCUUUUGAUAAUGACUUGAUGCAUACAACCCUGAAAAAUAUUGUUGAGGGCAAAACGGUGGAGGUACCAACCUACGACUUCGUGACCCAUUCUAGGUUGGCAGAGACGACGGUGGUCUAUCCCGCUGACGUUGUUCUCUUUGAGGGCAUCCUGGUUUUCUACAGUCAAGACAUUCGGGACAUGUUCCAUCUGCGGCUUUUUGUCGACACGGAUUCUGACGUCCGGCUGUCCCGCAGGGUUCUGCGAGAUAUGAAACGUGGGAGAGACCUUGAGCAGAUCCUCACCCAGUACACCACGUUCGUCAAGCCUGCCUUUGAGGAGUUCUGCUUACCGACGAAGAAGUAUGCAGAUGUGAUCAUCCCCCGAGGAGUUGACAACAUGGUUGCUAUAAACCUCAUAGUGCAGCACAUUCAAGACAUCUUAAAUGGAGACAUCUGCAAGUGGCAGCGAGGGGCAAUGAACGGACACGGUCGGACCUACAAGCGCCCGUUCCCUGAACAAGCGGAGAGCAGCAGCGUGCUAGUGGCCGGCAAACGCUCCCACCUGGAGUCCAGUAGCCGUCCGCACUAACCUGACGGCGUCUGAAGGGUUUGCCUCUGGUCCAGACCAACACUGAAGACAAUUUUGGGAAAGGACUUCAACAGAAUGGUUGGUGAAGUGUCCUUUAAAUUGUCCUAGCA